AUGGUUGCACCAAACCAAGUCGAGCAGGAGAUCAAGGCGAACGAAUAUUUUAAAAUACGAAGCGGUGAAGUGAAGGAGCUGAAAAAUUCGGAAUCGACGCAUCCUUACCCGCACAAGUUUCACGUCACGAGUACCUUGACAGAAUUCUUAGCCAAAUAUGGUGAUCUAGUCGAUGGAGAGACUCGUGAUGGGGAAACGGUCAGUGUGGCUGGGCGUAUCCAUUCGAUUCGAGAAACCAGCUCAAAGCUUCUUUUCUACGACAUUCAUGGCGAGGGCUUGAAAGUUCAGAUCAUGGCCAAUGCGAGUCUGUACGAGUCAGAGACGUUGUUCAGCGAAGAAACGGCCAGGUUGAGACGGGGCGACAUAAUCGGAGUGACGGGUGUUCCAGCUCGCACGAAGAAAGGGGAGCUAUCGGUUGUCCCUCGGCGUGUUAAGUUGUUGGCACCUUGCCUGCACAUGCUGCCCCAUCAGCACUACGGAUUCAAGGACAAGGAAACGCGAUUCCGCAAACGGUACCUCGACCUGAUCAUGAACAACAAUGUGCGGCGUAUCUUCACCGUGCGGGCGCAGAUAAUCAGCUACAUCCGCAAGUUCUUCGAUGGCCUCGGGUUUCUCGAGGUGGAGACACCCAUGAUGAACAUGAUUGCCGGGGGUGCAUCGGCAAAACCUUUUAUCACGCAUCACAACGAGCUGAACAUGGAUUUAUUUCUUCGUAUCGCACCCGAACUCUACCUCAAAAUGCUGACCGUCGGGGGCUUGGAUCGAGUGUACGAGAUAGGUCGGCAGUUCCGCAAUGAAGGAAUCGACCUGACACACAAUCCGGAAUUCACCACUUGCGAGUUCUACAUGGCGUACGCGGACUAUCAUGACCUGAUGGAGAUUACCGAGCGGCUGCUGUCGAGUAUGGUACACGCCAUCCACGGCACGUACCAGAUCAAGUACCACCCGAAUGGUCGACAGGGCAAGGAGUACGUGAUCGAUUUUACGCCACCAUUCAGGCGCCUCUCUAUGAUCGAGUCGCUCGAAGAGAUCUUGAAGGUAAAGUUCCCAGCCGCAACGGAGCUGCACACGGACGCGGCGCGCCAGUUCCUUGACGACCUUUGCGUGCAACACCAGGUGGACUGCCAGGCGCCCCGAACCGCGGCUCGUCUCCUCGACAAGCUCACUGGCCAAUUCCUCGAGGAGCAGUGCAUCAAUCCGACGUUCAUCUGCGACCAUCCGCAGAUCAUGAGCCCACUGGCCAAGUACCAUCGGAGCCAGCUCGGUCUGACCGAACGUUUCGAGCUGUUCGUAAUGCGCCAAGAGGUGUGCAAUGCGUACACCGAGUUGAACGAUCCGGCCGUACAGCGCGAACGGUUUGAGCAGCAGGCGGCGGAUAAGGCAGCCGGUGACGACGAGGCGCAACUCGUGGACGAGAACUUCUGCACGGCUCUGGAGUACGGUCUGCCGCCUACCGGAGGCUGGGGUAUGGGUAUCGAUCGCUUCACCAUGUUCUUGACCGAUACCAACAACAUCAAGGAGGUCCUGCUGUUCCCUGCUAUGAAACCUGAUCAUCAGUCGCAGGGCGCCAAGUAA